AUGUCCAGCGCAGAAGAGGUCACCGCGGAGAAUGUCGCUGAGGUGCUCCAGGAUGACCGCAUGGUCAAGGUAGCUGGCAUUGAUGUGGACGGAGUGCUGCGCGGCAAGUUGAUGCAGAAGUCCAAGUUUCUAUCGAUUGUUUCUGAGGGCUUUGGCUUCUGUUCGGUCAUCUUUGGCUGGGAUCAACACGAUCAGACCUACUACAAGGAGCUCUCUAUCAGUAACAAGGAGAACGGGUACCGCGACCUAGUGGCUGUACCGGACCUGCGCAGCUUCCGUCGCAUCCCUUGGGAGAAGGACAUUCCAUUCUUUCUAGUCAGCUUUUUGGACCCAGAGACUCGCCAGCCGGUCUGCGCGUGCCCUCGAGGGUUGUUGAAGACUGCCGCUGCAAAGGCAGAAGCUGCAGGAUACCGCGCCAUGGCGGGAGCGGAAUAUGAAUUUUACCAAUUCCGUGCCCCAGGAGACCACCCUACACCCGAGCGAACCGCCUCACACACCGCGGCAUUCCUCCAAACAAAUAGAGCCGAGAGCCUUCCUCCCAUAACGGAGGGCAUGUUCGGAUACUCGAUUACUCGCCCUCUUCACAACCAAGAUUAUUACUAUGGUAUCUUCGACGCCUGCGAGCAGUUCCGCUGCGAUAUUGAGGGAUGGCAUACCGAGAGUGGACCGGGUGUCUAUGAAGCCGCAUUACAAUUCGGUGAAGCGAAGGAUAUGGCCGAUAAGGCUGGCUUGUUCAAAUAUGUCGUCAAAGCCUAUGGUAUCAAGCAUGGUAUCACGCCCUGCUUCAUGGCCAAACCACGCCAAGGACUUCCAGGCAACAGUGGUCACAUGCAUAUCUCGCUCGUGAAUGCUGAUGGCAAGAACGCCUUUAUCCGCGACACUCCCGAUCCAUCCCCACCUUAUCCCGAUGUUGCACACUUGUCGGACCUGGGCCGACACUUCCUGGCAGGUCUGCUGGUCGGCUUGCCGGACAUCAUGCCGCUCUUUGCCCCGACGAUCAACUCCUACAAACGUCUGGUAGAGAACUUUUGGGCUCCCGUCACCGUCUCCUGGGGACUAGAACAUCGGGCCGCUUCCAUCCGGUUAAUUACUCCACCGACAGCCAGUGCCAAGGCGACUCGCUUUGAGGUCCGCGUACCUGGUGCCGAUGCGAACCCGCACUUUGUGCUCGCGGCGAUCCUGGCACUGGGGUGGCGCGGUGUUGAGAAGAAGCUCGAGAUUCCUGUACCGCCUUUGUCUAAGGGUGAUGAUAUGGGUGGUGCUAGCGAUCAAGGAGUCCGGUUGGCCAAGACACUCAAGGAGGCUAUUGCUACGUUUAUGCGACCUGAUAGCAUGGCGCGGGAGGUCUUUGGAAAUGACUUCGUGGAUCACUUUGGUGGGACACGAGAGCAUGAAGUGCGCUUGUGGGAGGAGGCUGUCACGGACUGGGAGGUGAAGCGUUACAUUGAAACCGUAUAG